AAUGCUCUCAGAUCCGUGAACAAAGAUAUCGGCCAUCGUGGAUGCAUUUUCGGCGUGCUGAUUGAUACGAACUCCAGGAUCUCGGACCUGGCGCCUCCGCUGUUGUUGGACCCAUCAUCUCGGCUUUUCGAUGGAGAGUUGGCAUCGUUUGCGCCAGUUGUGUUAGCUGAGACAAUGGACGCACACUGGGAUCAAUACUGUGAAGAAAAACAAGCCGGCGAAGAUGAAGAAAUGAAAGAGGACAUCCAAGAUGUAGAUGAAGAAAUGAAAGAGGAAAUACUAGAUGCGGGAGCAGAAGAUGAAGAAAUGGAAGAGGAAACUCAGGUUGCGGUGGGAGCUGAAAAAGACGAAGAGAAGAAGAAACAGCAAGAACGUGCUAAGAUAGCUAUGUACAAGAGAAUCGUUACCGGGGAUGCGAGUCAAGCUUGGCACGCGUUGUGCCGCAUGGGGCGUCCGAUGUGGUACAGCACUUGCCCCAAUCCUGCGGAUAGAGAAGAUGUGAUCAAUCUUGCGGCGAACAAGCUGCUACUGGGGCUCCCUCCUUCGCAAAAUGCGUACAACAAGGAUACCAUGCUUGGUGUCGCCUCCAUGCUUUGCCGUCUGGGCGUGCGCCCGCAUUCAACGUCGGCUCUGGCAUCUCGGGCGACUGCCGACUUCAUGGCGAUUCUCGCCUAUGUGAAUUUCAAGCGAGAAGGUUACGUCACCAGCUACGCUUCGGACCCAGUGCUCGCCUUAGGAGCGAUGAAAGUGUGGUAUGAACUGAAACAUGGUUUGGCAAAGUAUAUCCUGCCGCAACUCAAGAACCUCCUUUUGGAUGAAGCAUUGGACACCGGUGGAGUUGGCGAAAUUGGCGAGAUGGUUGCUCGGAUUUUGCUGCUUCUGGCGAUGGACACGUGUGUGAUGGGGGACAAAGACUUUUCCCAGUGCUGCCACACGAUCGGGCAAUUUGUACCGGUGCAGCAAUUCUUGGACGUGCUGCAAGGCAACAAGGAGAGACCGAUAUAUUGUAAGGGGAUGUACAACGCGGAAGAUAAGAGACCAGAAUUCAACGAGUGGUGCUCGAAGUGGGAUGGUUGGUACAUGGGGUUCACCCACUUUGUGCAGUUGCAGCUUGAGCCGAAUGAGGACACGCUUUGGUUUUUGCUGGGGCGUCAAGCUGCAGGUAUUUUCCCCCGUAACCAGUAUGGAGCCGAUUUGUUGAUCCCGAUGUUUAAGAAGAGAUCCAACAGCAGGCCAGUCGGUGGGGAGACAACGAGGGGUGAACAAGAGGAGCAGGAAGUGUUGAUGAUGUUGAUUCAAGUGAAGAGUCGUUCCCCAGUCGAUGGUGGGUUUUCCAGGGCAGCGACGGAGAAACUAUGCCCCUGGUUUGUGUUCGGAAAGAACAGUGAUGGGAACUCGUCAGCGGGGAAAUCUACUGAUGAAAUUGGUAGGGAUCCGAAACCGCUGGGUUCCACGGAUGUCCGUGAUACCAUUCGCAUCUACAUGAAUGUGCGCGGUAGAACGCGUGACGGCAAGUUCAUCUAUGCCACGACAAUGAAAGACAAUCUUAAGCCCAAGAAGAAAGGCAACGCCUCUGAGGUGAAGGAGGAGAGUCAGACGAUCGGGAGUCAGGCGAAGAAGCGGGCGAAGAUCGAGAGCAAUCCUGGCGUCUCAAGUGUGUCGAGUGUCUCGGAGGAGGAUCCUGUUUUCACGAUCUGCCUCCGUUUGCUCAACAGGGUCACCUACCCGUUCCUGAGCGAGGACGUGGCUUCCAUUCUAUCAAACAUGGUGGAGUCUCAGUAUGACCCGCUGGGGCUUGUGGAGGGCGACCUGGACUAUCGCGAUGAAGAUGAAAAACGGAACGAAGACGCUAGUUCGUAUGCAAAGUUGUCGCUUACCGCGAAGCGCGACAAGUUGUUGCAGAACGCCCGUAAAGCACUAACGUACGCGCCGGGUGACAAGGAAGAAGAGUGA